GCGUCUCCCAGUGACGUCUUUAUUCUGCGACGGCUCUGACUGAACGGGCUAAUGUGGUUCAUUUAAAAUUAGCCGCCAAAUCCCUUAAUUUUUCCUUUUCUUUUGUUGUUUUUCUUCACCGUUACAUUAGAAAGUAAAGAAUGAUUGACACAGAGAAAGGGGCUGCCUCCGGAGACGCCGCUGGAUCCAGUGGAAAGAGCAAAGACAAGGAAAAGAAAAAAAGGUCCCGUGUCAAGCAACUUUUGACUGAUGUGAAGAAGCAAGUGGACUUCUGGUUUGGAGACGUCAACCUCCACAAAGAUCGCUUCCUGAGAAAACUCGUAGAUGAAUCUGGAGACGGAUAUGUCGACUUAUCAGUUCUGGCGAGUUUUAAUCGAAUGAAAAACCUGACCUCUGACACUAAGCUGAUCGCCCGAGCUUUGAAGAACUCGUCUGUGGUUGAGGUUAAUCUGGAAGGAACUAAAGUGAGACGUUUGCAUCCAAUCGGAGAUCCACCUAAUGAUGAAGACAGUCGUACGGUUUAUGUAGAACUUUUACCUAGAGAUGUAUCGCACAACUGGAUAGAACGUGUGUUUUCCAAGUGCGGUAACGUGGUUUAUGUGAGUAUACCCAGAUACAAGAGCACAGGCGACUCCAAGGGUUUCGCGUUUGUCGAGUUUGAGAAAGUGGAACAAGCACAAAAGGCCAUUGAGAUGCUGAAUAAUCCUCCUGAAGAUGCCCCAAGGAAGCCAGGCAUUUUCCCCAAAACACUGUGUGGAAAAACGCUGCAUUUGCCCGUUGAAAAUCCCACGGCAACUGAAAAUCCGACGACGACAGGUGAAGAAGAGGAGAAGAAAAGGCGUAAGAAGAAGAAGAAAAAGUCCAGCGCUUCGUCGACUUCUUUGACUGAAACCAAAGAGCAGCCCAUGGAAGCAGAGGCCGUGGAGCAGAAGAGGAAGUCUGAUCCAGAGGGAACGGGAGCUCAGAAAACCGCCGGAAAAGAGAAGAAGAGACGCAGAUCACAAACUGUGGACACAUCUGAGGGGGAGAUGCCAUCCAAAAUGAGGAAGACGAAUGAAAGUGGAAGUGCAGAGUGCUCAAAGGGAGAUUCUUCAGCCAAAAAUGAGAAGAAAGAAAGAGUCAAGGACGAGAAGGAGAACAUGGACGACUCCGCAGCCAAAGCAAAGAGGAAAAGAAAAAAAAUGCACAAAGAGAAGUUAAAGAUCGGGGAGGAAGUCAUCCCUCUGCGGGUUUUACCAAAGAAGGCGUGGCUCGAGCUGAAGACCGAGUAUUUGAUAUUACAAAAACGCAGCAUGGCAGCGCUGAAGAAAUGCAUCACUGAGAUCGACCACAAGGAGCAGAAGAGCCAAAAAGACGUAGAAAAUGAACAAAAGGGAGAAAGUGUCAUGAUGGAAGAAGGGAACGAGAAGACAAGACAAGCGCCGCAGUUUGUCAGCGGAGUUAUUCUGAAGAUCACAGAUAACAAGCCCCUACCAGGAAGAAAGUCUAUCAAGGAGAUUCUGUCUAAAAUCUCGCCGGUGGCUUACGUGGACUUCACAGACGCAGAUGCGGAGUGUCACAUCCGCUUCCACACACCUGAACAGGCCAAAGCCGUGAGCGACGCCAAGGCCGAGCUUCACAAAGAGCACAGCUGGAAAAUGGAGAUCCUCUCAGGCGACCACGAGCAGAGAUACUGGCAGAAGAUCCUGGUCGAUCGGCAAGUGAAACUGAACCGGCCGAGGGAGAAGAGGCGAGGGACGGAGAAGCUCAUUUCUAAAGCAGAGAAAAUCAUCAUGGCCCGAGCGAAGGAAUCCAACAAACACAUUCGUUUUGACGACUGAGUGAAGUUUAACACAGGUCCUUUUUGUCUAUAAUUUGAAACAUUAUCGUUGUCGUAUGAACUAGAACGUGUCCGAUUAAUUUUGCACUGGAGACAAAAUGGCUGCUUUUUAUUUUAGUAUUAUAACAUUUUUAAGUGUCAUUUUUCAUUUAUUAGGGACAUUGUACAGUUUGUAAAUAGAGCUUUUAAGGUUCUCCAGUGAAAUGUGGAAAAAGCUGUUAAUUUUCCGUUGUUUUUUUUUAAUAAACAGCAUUUUCUGAUC